UAUUGAUCCAGUAUAACCAGCCAUGAAUAUCAAUAUUCUCUUCCUCCUUGUCAUUCUGUUGUCAGCCAAUCAGAUUUCAGCCUACUGUUUAAAUAAAGACCCUGCACCAGGUGGAAAUAGUCAGCCUACGGUAUGUACCUAUAAGGGUCGGACAUACUCUCCAGGUGAGGCCUGGGACGCGGACAACUGUGAGGAAUGUCAAUGUGACGAAGAUGGAGGACGUAGCUGCUGCGGAUAUGGAUUCAAUGCCGUAGUGAUGAACUUUGGAGUCGGAUGUAAACUUGAACGAUUUGAUUGUCUUAAUGGUGCUGUCGUAGACGCAGACGAAGCCGGCGGUUGUGAAAUGACUGGGACGGAGAUACACCUAAAGCGAUCCAAAAAAGGAGCAGCGUAAAAAUCAAACCAAUCCUGAUUUGGGGAUUGAUAAUCAAUUUCCGCGGAUCAUUGAUGUUAUCACGAAAAUAACCACUAUAAUGCUUGACAUCCAAUGGAGAUAAUAGUGAAAGCUUUUAUUCGCCAUCGCAUUGUUAUAAUUAGCAAAAACAUUUGCAAAUCUAUUAAACUGCAUUGUUUGUUGAACAGCUGCUGAAAAUUCCAAUAAAUCAUCUUUAACUUA